AUGACCGAGGAGGCAUGCGAAAGAAACACAACAGUUUUUACAAACGCUCGAGAAUGGAGGGCAGUGGAUCUGCGCUCUGUUAACCGGAAUCAAAACGACAUGUAUUUUGCGGACAAGGUGGACAUCGCCGCACUCAGCGAGACCCAAUUCUCCGAACAAGGCCAACUGGAGGAGGUGGGUGCCGGCUACGCCUUCUUCUGGAGCGGUCGACCCAGGGCAGAGCGACGUGACGCGGGUGUCGCCUUUGCCAUCGGGACCGACAUCGUGGGACGACUGCCCUGUCUGCCGCAGGGAAUCAACGAUCGCCUGAUGAGUCUCCGCCUGCCUCUCCGGCGAGGAGGCAAAUUCGACACCAUCAUCAGCGCCUACGCUCCACCGAUGAGCAGGCCCGACGCCGUCAGAGACAAAUUUUACGAGGACCUGCACGCCCUCUUGGCGACUGUGUCGAAGGCGGACAAGUUGAUUGUCCUUUGUGACUUCAACGCCCGCGUCGGCACAGACCAUACUGCCUGGAGAGGAAUGCUGGGUCCCCACGGUCUCCGCGGCUCAAACGACAAUGAUCUGCUGCUUCUCCGCACCUGCGCAGAACACCGCCUCAUCUUGACAAACACGUUCCUCUGUCUGCCGGAGCGAGAGAAGGCCACCUGGAGGCAUCCUCGGUCGCGCCAGUGGCACCUGCUGGACUACGUCCUCGUCCGGAGGCGAGAUCAGCGGAACGUGCUGGUGACGAAGGCGAUCGCGGGUGCUGACGGGUUGACCGACAAUCGCCUCGUCAUCUCGAAGAUGCGAAUUCGCCUACAGCCUCGCAGGAGACCACAAGGUAAGCGACCCCCAGGUAAGCUGAAUGUUGCCUUGUUGUCUUUGCACGCUCACCAUCUUCAUUUCAGCAAUGAGCUUGCUCAAAGGCUGGACAACCUUCCUAUCGCUGCUGCUGCCGACGCCGCCGCUGCCGAGAAAGCCUCCGUGGCGAACCGCUGGUGCCAACUGCGAGACACGGUUCAGUCAACGGCACUCGCCGUCCUCGGUCGCGCUCCCCGCCAACACCAGGACCGGUUCGACGACAACGACGCCGCCAUCAGAAAUCUGCUUGCUGAGAAGAACCGCCUACACAAAGCCUACGCAGAUCACCCCACUGAUGCCACAAAAGCUGCCUUCUACCGCAGUCGCUGCCAACUUCAGCAACGACUGCGCGAGAUGCAGGACGCCUGGACUGCCCCCAAAGGCUGAGAAGAUCCAAGGGUACGCGGACCGCAACGAAUGGAAGAACUUCUUCUCUGCGAUCAAAGCUGUCUACGGUCCGCCGACGAAGGGCACUGCUCCUCUCCUCAGCGCCGACGGCAACACUCUCCUGACUGAGAAGACGCAAAUCCUGCAGCGAUGGGCGGAGCAUUUCCAAGGCGUCCUCAACCGCCCCUCCGUCAUCUCCGACGCCGCCAUCGAGCGUUUGCCGCAAGUGGAGUCCAACGUGGACCUCGACCUUCCGCCAUCUCUCCAGGAGACCAUCAGGGCCGUGCAGCAGCUCUCCAGCGGGAAAGCACCCGGAUCGGACGCAAUCCCUGCCGAGGUCUACAAGCAAGGAGGUCCCCAACUGAUGGAUCACCUGACUGCGCUCUUCCAAGAGAUGUGGCGUCCAGGUGAAGUCCCGCAAGAUUUCAAAGACGCAACCAUCGUGCAUCUCUACAAGCGCAAAGGGAAUCGCCAAGUCUGCGACAAUCACCGUGGCAUCUCCCUUCUGAACAUCGCCGCGAAGAUCUUCGCUCGAAUCCUCCUCAACCGUCUCAAUAACCAUCCCGAACAGGGUCUACUGCCGCAGAGCCAAUGCGGCAUCCGCCGACAUCGUGGGACCACCGAUAUGAUCUUCGCCGCCCGGCAACUUCAGGAGAAGUAUCAGGAGAUGCGGACCCACCUGUACUCUACCUUCGUGGACCUGACGAAAGCCUUCGACACGGUGAAUCGUGAAGCACUGUGGAAGAUCAUGCAGAAAUUCGGCUGUCCGGAGCGAUUCACUCAGGUGAUGCGUCAGCAGCACGACGGUAUGAUGGCGCGAGUCACGGACAACGGAGCUGUCUCAGAGGCAUUCGCAGUGACCAAUGGAGUGAAGCAGAACUUGCGUACUGGCGCCUACCCUCUUCAGUCUUAUGUUCUCUGCCGUGCUGAUGGACGCCUACCGCGACGAACGCCCCGGAAUCCGCAUCGCCAACAGGACGGACGGUCACCUGCUGAAUCAACGACGGAUGCACUUCCAAUCGCGCGUAUCCAAAACCACCGACCACGAACUUCUCUUUGCCGACGACUGCGACCAGAACACUACCUCGGAAGAGGAGAUGCAACGCAGCAUGGACCUAUUCUCCGCCACCUGCGAGAACUUCGGUCUAGUCAUUAACACGCACAAGACGGUGGUAAUGCAUCAACCGCCACCCAACUCUGCCACAGCCCUCAACGCGCCGCCGCAAAUGAGCGUGAACGGAACCCAACAGCAAGUUGUGGAGAACUUCCCGUACCUGGGCAGUACCCUCUCCCGCAACACCAAGAUCGAUGACGAAGUCGCCAACUGGAUCGCAAAAUCCAGUCAAGCCUUCGGUCGCCUCUAA